ACUGGGCCAAAUGUGCCCAAGACAGGCAGAGACAGUGAGACAGAACCAGCCAGUUAGCUGGAAAAGAGGCAAAAAGCAAGUCCUCAAGUGUCUCCUUUCCAUCAUUUCCCCUGGUCUUGUUGGACCAGUCCGCUUUGAAGUAGGGAACUCUGUUAGCAACCCCAAGCAAAAGAGUGAAGCUACUCAGUCGAAGAUCUUUUUCCUCCCUCCCUUCAGCCAUGCAGAACACAGAGAGAUGCGGCUGUCACUUGACACAUAGGAACAGUUUCCCAUGGGAUUCCUCAGUUUGGACCCUUUCUGAAAUUUGCUGCGCUUGCCUUGGUGGUUUGGGGUCGUGCUGCGAAGCAAAGGCAGAAGGCCGAUUCCAGGCAGAGAAAGCAAGGGUUUGCCCCGUGCCGGUCCGUGCCGUGCCCGGGCAGCGCCCCGGGAGCCGCCCCGCCCGCGCUGUGCCCGCAGCCCCGGCUUUGUGCCGCUCGUUCCCGCGCGGGGCCGAGCGCAGCGCCCCCCUCAGGCCGCGCGCCGCCGCUGCAGCUGCGGCCGUUGCGCUGCGGCCGUUGCGGCGCCAGUGGGCGACAGGCGCGAUGGCCGAGCUGCCGCUGCCCGCCGGGCUCGAUGCCAGCACCUUCCCCGCCAAGCUGUGGCGCCUGGCGAACAGCCCCCGCGUCCGCUCCGUGCGCUGGGACACCCAGGGCCGGGGGCUGCUCAUCGACCGCGCCCUCUUUGAGCAGGAGCUGCUCAGCCCGCCCGGCGUCCAGGGGCCGGCCCCGCGCACCUUCAGAGCCACGCAGUUCCGCAGCAUCGUGCGGCAGCUGAACCGCUACGGCUUCUACAAGGUGCCGGGCCGGGCUGGCGCGGCUGUGCCGGGCGAUGCCGGGGCCUGGCUCCACUACAGCAACCCCUGGUUUCGCCGCGACCGCCCCCACCUCCUGCUGCGCAUCAGGCGCCGGAGCACGGCCAGCAAGCACCGCCUGGCGCCCGGGCCGGAGCGGCGCAGGCGCUCGCCCUGCGGCUCCCAGCAGCGCCCCCGGCAGCGGCCGCGGCCGGCGGGGCCGGAGGGGCGCGGGCGGUUCCAGGCGCUGCCUCGGGAGCGGCCGCCGCUGCCGGCAGGGCGGCCGCCCAGCGGCUUCUUGCCCCUGCACAGGGAGCGGACGCUGCCGGACGGGCGGGAGCUGCGCAGCCGGCGGCCCAGCCGCUUCCAGCAGCCCCCCAGAGAGCGGCCGCUCCUGGCCCGGCGCCCGCCCUGUGGCUUCCACCUCCUCCACAGGGACCGGCCGCAGCCGGCCCGGCGGGACGGGCCCAGCCGCUUCCAGGAGCUGUACGGGGAGCGGCCGCUGCCUGCCGAGCGGGAGGUGCCCAGGAUCCCGCCCUGCGAGCUCCUCGGGCUCUACGGGGAGCCGCUGCUGCCGGUCAGGCGGGAGGGGCUGAGCCGCCUCCAGGAGCUGUACGGGCUGCAGCCGCCGCCGGCCGGGCUGCCGCCCUGGGCUUUCCAGCAGCCCCACACGGAGCGGCCGCCUCCGGCCGCGCGGGAGCUGCUCAGGAUCCCGCCGGGCAGCUUCCAGCAGCUCCAAACGGAGCAGCAGUCCCCAGCCCGCAAGCCAUCAGGCACACCGGGCAGUUCAGCCUCCAGUGCUCCACCUGGCAGCGCUGCUUGUGCAGCAUCGACGGCCUCCAGCGGGUCACAAAAUGCACCUGGGCAAGAGGAAUUGCCUUCAGUGGAUCUGGGCCUUCAGGUCGAGCAAAUGAUUCGGGAGAUCAGGAGAUCCAUGGCUGAAAGGUCUCCCUUUGCUCAGGCCCUGCGCCCUGAGGAGCUGCUGGAGGACGGUGAGACAGAGGGGGCUGAGGACGCUGAGGAGGCAGUGACACUGAAGGGACGGUGA